GCUUGCCAUAAGGCCCACCUUCUCCCCUACUAUCACCUGCAGAUAAGACAACCAGAUUAUUAUAGCAACUUCAUAAUUAAAUACCAAUUUCCUCAAGUCACGCCUUAUUUGCUUCCGAUUCUCGUUCUCCAUUUCUAUAUUCUCUUCCGAUCGCAUCCCCCCUGCUUAAUUCACGUUAUCUCCUACCAAGGCUGUCCCUUCCGCCAUCCUUGCUGCUUCUUCGCCGUUAUCGUCGUAGCUCAAAAUCAGAGACCUGAUGUCGGGACAAAGAUCCGAGUUCGAACGCGAAGGUCUUGGUUCCUUGCUGGUUCUGCUUACCGCCUGGGAUGAAGCUUAAUUGCUUUCAUUCUGAGGGCCAUAAACCGCUGAUCUCUGGGUCAUAGGACUGGAUUCGGUGUAUGUACGCUUAUGAUCGUAUUAUCGUAGUAAUAGGUUGCUGGAAUUAAAAUUUGGAUCUCCCAUGCCAACUUCCGAGGAUCCGUCUUCGUCUCGAUCUUUGACUCUGACAUCCAUACCGGCUCGAGAUAUUGAUCCCUUGUUGAAGGAUUUAAAUGAGAAAAAGCAGAGCUUUAGGCGCAACGUCGUGUCAUUAGCUGCAGAGUUGAAGGAGGUUAGGAGCCGCCUUGCAUCACAAGAGCAGUCAUAUGCUAAAGAAACCCUAACAAGACAAGAGGCAGAGAUGAAAGCCAAGAACAUGGAAGAGGAAAUUGGUAAAUUGCAGAAAAGAUUAGAAGAGAGAAACGAUCAGCUUCAUGUUUCUGCCGCUGCUGCGGAGAAGUAUCUGAAGGACCUGGAUGAUCUUAGAACACAGUUUGCAGCAACAAGAGCAACGGCAGACGCAAGUGCUGCAUCAGCUCAAUCAGCACAGCUCCGAUGUUUGGAACUUGUAAAAGAGUUAGAUGAGAAAAAUAGUUCACUGAAAGAGCACGAGGAUCGCGUAACUAGGCUGGGAGAGCAGCUAGAUAAUCUACAGAAAGAUCUUCAGGCAAGGGAAUCCUCGCAAAAGCAUUUGAAAGAUGAGGUCCUGAGAAUUGAGCGUGAUAUCAUGGAGGCAGUUACAAAUGCUGGAGCAAACAAGGACUGUGAACUGAUGAAGAUAUUAGAUGAGGUUUCUCCGAGGAAUUUUGAGAAAAUAAACAAGCUCCUGGUAGUUAAGGAUGAAGAAAUAGCGAAACUAAAGGAUGAAAUUAAGAUUAUCUCUUCUCAUUCGAAGCUCAAAACUAAAGAAUUAGAAUCUCAGGUAAACAAGCCAUUCGUUCUCGCCUCUUAUUCAUUAAUUCAGGGGUUUGUUUUCUUGCUUUUGUAUUUAAGGACGUUGAUCUUUUUUGAAGUACAGUUAGAGAAACAGCGGCGUGCCGAUCAGGAACUGAAGAAAAAGGUUUUGAAACUGGAAUUCUGUCUGCAGGAAACUCGUUCUCAGACACGGAAACUACAGCGGAUGGGGGAGAGAAGGGACAAAGCUAUAAAAGAAUUGAGAGAUCAAUUAGCAGGAAAACCGCAAAGUGGAGUCGCGGGUGGGGAAAAGCAAAACCAGAAUUUCUGGGAAACCUCUGGUUUCAAAAUUGUGGUCUCCAUGUCUAUGCUGAUCUUGGUGGCAUUCUCAAGGCGGUGAAAAUAGUCCCCCAAUCCAAUGAUUGUUGUAUAUAUACAAUCUAAAGGCCUUCUAAAUUCAUUGAAGAAAAUAGGAGAAGGCCUUUUUUCUUGUAGAGUUACAGGUUUAGUUUAGAUAUUACCGAGUUUGUAGCAUCAGGAUGCCAACGUUUUUUUUUGCUGUGUUCUGUAAAACCAUUAAAAUAGUGGUACUAGGUUAAUUUACUUUUUUCACCCUCAUGGCCAUCAGUCAAUUUAAUAUCAUCAAUGUCAAUGUCAAUGUCAAUAUAUAUGGUAAACACAAUAUCAAAGCA